AUGGGGCAAAAACCGCCAGCAGAGUUGAUUGGUUGUGCGGUCCUCUAUAUUGGAUGUUUAAUAUACUCGUUCUACAAAAACUAUGAGCUAAGCAAUGAAAACUUGACCAACUAUCACACCCUCGAUGCCGGAUGGUGCAUAUUCAAACACCGACGACGUGACGAUUUCGAUUGGGAAUGGGAGCAUUAUAUCGGGUUCGUUGAACGGCAUGGAAUCUAUUUCCUCGUACACGUCGCGGUAAUGGAAUUUUCGCGCCGUGUUUGUGCCAAUCACACUUCCACCGUUUUAACAUUAUUUGGACUUUGCGUGAUCUAUCACAUGUACAACGUAGCAGUAUUAGCAGUGAUACUAGUGCAAUGUUUAUCUUUCUAUUACGGUAACCCAGCGAAAUAUUACCGGCGCACUGUGUGGCUGAAAACAUUCGUAUGGAUCGCGGUCAUCAACUAUUUCAAGGUGUGGUACUUUUACGACAAGCUAAAUGUCCACUUCAAUAUUCAUAACGAUCAACUUCUCGAGCUGAGCCUAAUUACCUCGUGGAACGUUAUCAAGUGUGCCAGCUUCUGUCUGGAUAAAGGCCGAGAAGCGUCACCGAAAGAGCGUUAUGGUUUGCGUGAUCUGAUGGCUUACUUGCUGUACUUUCCGCUGCUCCUAAUGGGACCUGCCAUAGUGUACAGCCGGUUCAAAACGCUGCACAACCAUUUCCAACUGGAACUGGAACCACACAGCUUUCCCUACCGUAUGUGGACGCUGGCAAAGCGUUUAAUGAUGGCAUGGUUUUGGGCGUUGGUCAUGCUUGCAGGACAACACUUCCUGUAUGUGAAUCUCAUCCAGCAAGAUCUAGUACUGCUGCGGCACGUAAAUCUUUGGGCACUGUAUGGAUUGGGCUUUCUGAUGGGACAGUUUUUCUGCAUCAAGUACGUCGUGUUCUAUGGCGUUGGCAUCGCGUUUGGUCGAUUCGACGGAAUUGAUAUGCCCGCCAAACCAAUAUGUAUUGCAAGAGUGAACCAAUACUCGGACAUGUGGAAGUUUUUCGAUAGAAGUUUGUACGAGUUCCUGUUCAAGUACAUCUACACCGAGCUGUGCACGAAAACGUCCCGUUUGCCUCGUAAAAUCCUGGCCAGCUUGGCCACCUUCGCGUUCAUCUACAUCUGGCACGGUGUGUUUCUGUUCAUCCUCAUAUGGUCACUGAUCAAUUGGAUUUGUAUCUUGCUCGAAAGGCUGGUAAAUCAUUGCACUCGCGCCGAUAGCCGUUGGCGAGCCAUUAUCGGUACGCACGUGUUCAUACCCUCGGUGCUGUCGAAUUUCUUCUUUUUUGCCUCGGAAAAUGUGGGCUUCAUCUAUCUCCAGCGCACCUACACCGAGAGCAUCAGUAACUAUUUGGGGCUGUAUGUGGCCUCCUACUGUUUCUACCAAACCGGGCAACUAGUGAAGAAUGUACAAACGAAUCAUGAUAAAUGGAAAACGAAAUGA